CUUCCUCCUCCUGCUGUUUCUGUGUUGACCUCCACCUUGACGGUCCAGCAUCUGAACUCUGACCUCUCCUCACCAGCAACAUGGAUGUGAAGCGUUUUGGCGGUGCUCUCUGCAGGAUCCCUGACACCUAGACUCUCCGGACCGCCUCCCACUCGCCUUCACAUCCUCUCCCGACCUCUGGGCCGACGGCGGCCACCAUGUCGGAGGGGCUACUGCAGGUGGAGAUCCCGGACUUUGGCGGCAGCGUUCUGGUCAGCCUGAACCAGCAGCGUCUGCGCGGUCAGUACUGCGACGUGUCCGUCCUCGUGCAGGGUCAGGCCUUCAAGGCCCACCGCGCCGUGCUGGCUGCCUCCUCGCUGUACUUCAGAGACCUCUUCAGCUCCGACUCCUCCUCCUCACCCUCUCUCUCUCUCUCCUCCUCCUCCUCCUCCGUCCGUCCGUCCGUCCGUCCGUCCGUCCGUCCCGUCCCGUCCCGUCCC